ACAGAAAGAGAAACAUACAGUGACAUAUACCCAGAUUAUUAGCUAAUACUAUAGCAACAAUGAGAGGCUAAACUGCACUUAAACAAUUACCAUUUUCUAUCAAAAUUCACAAGCACAAUACCAACAACAAAUGGCUAAUAGCAAGCUUAUGACUUCUCGUACUUAUUCCGGAACAUUCCCGGGCCUCGAUACCCCGCCUGGUGGUGAGGACGAUGGCCCGAGUAUUGGGAUCCCGAAAGGGUGGAGCUCAGAGCGUGUUCCACGCUCGAGCUAUCGAAGCCGUAGGCACGUAGGGCCUACCGGCUUGAUGCCUUUUAGUAGUGGAAGAACAUUGCCUUCCAAAUGGGAGGAUGCGGAGAGGUGGAUUUGUAGUCCGGUUAGUUUGGGUAAUAUUUCUACUAAUAGUAAUUAUUAUUAUUAUGGAUCUGGGGCUGGGUCUAGGACGGUUUCUCAGCUGGCCCAGUACCAAAGACGGGCUAAAUCAAAGAGUGGCCCAUUAGGCCCGAUUGGGCCUGUGUAUUACGGCGGUGGGUUUAAUACUUUCUCCCCUGUGUUGGGAGUAGGGGUUAUUAAUGGUGGAAGAUGGAGGAAUUCGGUAACCAUUGAAUCUCCGGGCUUGGCGUCGGGCCGAUUUGAUGAAAACUUGGGUGUUGAAGGCGGUGGUGGAAGUGACGGUGGUCGGAGAUCUUGUCCUGGCGAUGCUACUCAUUGGUUAGAUUCAUGGAGCAGGCCGCUUAGCCCGACCCAAGGUGAGCUAAAUGUGAAUGAUGAGAUAAUAGAGAAUAUAAACAACGAUGUUGAACUAGAACAAGAUCAUAACUGCAAUGGUGAGCAAGAACCAGUUGUGGAUCGUGCUAUUUCAAGAAGGGAUAUGGCUACUGAAAUGUUCCCAGACAGUCAAAGUAGCAGUCCUAGGUCUUCUGCAGUUUCAAGUACAAAAUCUUCCCUUUCAAUGACCUCUCCUUGUCCGUUCGAUCAGUCCAAUAGAGAUAAUAUCAAUUCUUCAGAAUAUGAAAUCAGGGAUGUACAAGUUGAUAAACAUGCAAGUGCUACUAGAUCUAUCACAGAAAAUCAUUCCAUUACUUCUAGUACUACUAGUUUUGAACCAGAUAACAAAAUUUCCAAAGAAGAAGCCAGGAUAAAUGCUUGGGAAAACUUGCAAAAGGCUAAAGCUGAGGCUGCUAUUCUGAAACUUGAGGAGAAAUUGGAAAAGAAGAGAGCAUCAUCAAUGAACAAAAUCAUGGAGAAAUUACAAAGAGCGGAAAUUAAAGCCCAAAAGAUGAGAAAUUCAAAAGUUAAUAGCAAAGAUGGGAGUGAAAGUCGAGCAAUUUCGAAAACAACUUCAAAAAUUCCAUCAUUUUGUAAAAAAAUUCGAUUGAAUUCUUCAACUAGGAAUUGUUACACUUGCUAUAUGUUUUAGGGUUUUAUGGAAUGAAAUGAAUGAAUUAUUAUAUCAUUUCAUAAUGUCCCAUUUUAUGCACUUGAAAAUGGGCUUUAAUUUGUAGUAGAUUAGUCUUUGUAAAUUA